AUGCAGUACACCGGGAGCGAAUAUAUCGGGGAAUAUGUAGAUGGGAGGAUGGAGGGCAAAGCUGAGUACAUCCUCCCUACUGAAACAAGAUAUGUUGGGGAAAUGAAGGACGGCAUGUUUCAUGGCGAAGGAACCCUGUACUUCCCCAGCGGGAGCCGAUACGACGCCAUCUGGGAAAAGGGAUUGGUUGUACAGGUAUCUCUCAACUCACCAAUAUGGACCCACCUAGAAAAAUCCCCACGGGCUCUUAUGACUGUGGAGAUGGCUUCUACAACCCGGUCACGAGGAUAA